AUGAAUUCAUUUGAAAAUAGUAGUCAUUCUGCUGCUGGUGCUAACUCACAAGGACCAAAAGCUCCAAAAACUCUUUUUUGUUAUGGUUGUCAAAAAGAUAAGCAGAUUCAAUCAUUUUCCAAAACACAGAUUACUAAAGUCAUGUCAAACAUACAUAAUCCCUAUGCACCUCGUGGUAAAACAAUUAAAAAACAUCAUACAAUGUGUAAACAAUGUACUCCUCAACAAAAUGAAAAUUUGACUUGUAUGGUUUGUACACGUGAAAAGCCUUUAAAAUGUGUUGACAAACAUAAAGACGAAGAUAUUGAUGACAGUGAACCCUCCGAAAGUGACCCCGAGGCUGAACAAAAUGAAACUUGGGAUGACAUUUUGUAA